UUCCAGGAUGGAGAUAUGGUUAUUGGUGGACUUUUUAAUCUAUAUUACACACCAUCAGCUGUAGAGCAAGGAUUUACCAAGCUGCCUCAUUACAAACCUUGCACUGGUUUAGAUUUAAUGUCUUUAAAAAAUGCAUAUGCUAUGGUGUUUGCCUUGGAGGAAAUCAAUCGUAACAGCACCCUGCUACCAGGAGUAAAGCUUGGCUACCGUUUACUGGAUAGCUGUUUCAAUUCUCUCUGGGCUCUGCAAUCCGCUCUGUCACUGAUCGGAGGAGACGCACACAGCUGCAACUCAACAGCCUCAAAUAGUUCUGCAGCUUAUGAUCAACCUGGAGAGAAAGCAGGUGGUCAGUCUGUUCCUUUGCUUAUUGGUGCUGCGUCGUCAACAACAACCCUAAUUCUUUCCCGGAUCCUGGGGCCUCUCUCUAUCAGCUACUUGGCAAGCUGCCCCUGUCUUAGUGACAGAUACAAGUUUCCCAACGUCUUCAGAACAAUCCCCAGUGAUUUAUACCAAGCCAGGGCCAUGGCUCAACUGGCCAUUCGCUUCCGCUGGACUUGGAUAGGAGCCGUGGUUAUAAACAAUGAUUAUGGUAAUUUGGCGAUACAGACAUUUCAGAAAGAGACUCAGGGGAAAGGGGUUUGUUUGGAGUUCAUAGAGACUGUUGGCAGAGAAACUAUUUUAAUCGACGCCAGACGUGCAGCCCUCAAAAUCCAAGCUUCGACUGCGAAGGUCAUUCUGAUCUUUUGCUGGUAUACAGAUGUAAAGAAAGUAUUUCUGGAACUAGCAAAGAUACAUGUGACAGACAGACAGUUUCUCGCCAGUGAGGCUUGGAGCACAAGUGAUGAAAUUCUCAAAGAUCUUGCCAUCUCUAAAGUGGCCAGUGGUGUUCUUGGUGUGGCGAUUCGAAGUUCAAAAAUACCCGGAUUUGAAAACUAUCUCAGGAGUUUGAACCCAACUCGUCACCCUGAUGAUGAUUUCUUACGAGAAUUCUGGGAAAUGGAGUUUGGAUGCAGUCCAGGAGCUACACAAUCACAGGCAUCCCUUAUGAAAGCUUCACUUCCACCGUGCAGCGGCAGAGAGUCCCUGGAGGAAGUGCAGAAUCACUUCACUGACACCUCUCAGCUAAGGGUGGCAUAUAAUGUUUAUCUUGCUGUUUAUGCUGCAGCCCACGCCCUCCACAGCCUUCUGUCCUGCCCCAACAGAGACAGCUCAUCUGGAAGGAACUCCAGCUGCUCUUCUUCAAAACAGAUCAAACCCUUUGAGCUGUUGCAGAGUUUGAACAAAGUAAACGUCACCACACCACAAGGGGAAAUCUUUUAUUUCGAAGGUGCUGACAUCCCAGCAAAGUACGACCUUGUUAACUGGCAGAACACCCCUGAGGGGUCACUCAAACUUGUUUUGAUUGGUCGUGUUGACGGGUUUGACAUCAACCUUAUGAGUCACAUUGAGUGGAACUCAGUUCGACGAAUCACGGGCCUGUGUCAGUGUGCACUCGGGCCUGGUGCUGGAUUCCUUGGUAUGAAGUGGUUUGGUCCAGCCAACCAGGAGGAGGAGGUCUGCCUAUUCCUCCAUACAGCCAGGGCUGCUAGCGUGCCGCCUGCCCCUCCUUCGGUUGCCGCACCUCUGUAUGAGGAUGCCUUGUCGCUAGCGGCUUCGGCAAACCUCUCCAAUGAAGAGGUGGAGGACGAGGUCCCGCUCGAGGAGGCUUCCCUUUCCUCUGCUCAGGGUUCUCUGCAGGGCGUGAAGGACGACUCCAUGGCGGCCAUUAUUCGUACGGCCUCCCUGAUUUUGGCUUCUGAUGAGGCUCUAAGGCCUGAGGUCAGGUGCCCUCGGCCUCAGUGCAGGGUCACACACAAACAGCUCUGUGAGGCCUACGACGCAGCGGCACGCAUGGGUCGUAUCAGGAACUCCCUCUCCCAUCUGAUGCUGGCUGUCUCUACCUCUCUGCAGCAGGCUCUGGCUGAGCCUUCUUGCCAGGCAUCAGUGAUGCAUCACUGCGAACCUUUGCCCUAA